AUGGAGUUCGGAAAAGAUCAGGACAAUGAAUCAAACAUUGACCAAGACUACAGUAACCAAAGAAAGAAAAUCGUCAAUAUCUAUAACAACAUAAAACGUGAACUCAUUUUGGAAUACUUCACUGGGAUUUACAGAUUUCAACUCAUCGACGGCGAGUUACGUACCUCAAAUUGGAAAUUGAAGGCAUUAGGAAUUCUCAUCGUUUCAAUCUACACUGCUGCUUUCAUCUGGUUCAUAAUUCCAGACCCUUCAGAUUGUAUUACUGGAUUACAUGUUUUCUUAAACAAUAUUGACGAUUUCCCUUGUAUCUUUGUACUCAUUCAAUACAUCGCUUCGAUGAUAACUUGCAAUUUUCUCAUGAACUCGAAGAAUGUUCGUUCAAUCACGUUGCUUGGAGAAGUGGAUACUAUUCUCCAGGUAGAAAAAAUCGAAGACUUUUACAAGAAAAUAGAAUCUAAACUUAAUAAGUACUUGAUUCUUUUGAUUUUAACUCAUUUCAUACACGGCGUUUUGGAUGUGUUUAGCUCGGAUGAUAUUAUAUGGGAAAUGACAAUUUUGCCACUAUAUUUAAACCAAAAAAUAGUUGUGUUAAUAUUUUGUUCCUACGUUAUCAUGCUGAACAGUAGAUUAAGGCUCAUUAACAGCUACUUGAGAGAAUUCAUUCAAGAGCAAGAUAAGAGAAGCAUUCCAGUUUUCACAGUCAGGUACACAAAAACGAAGAAUGAGAAAACUUUGAAUUACAUUGGACGUCCCUCAAUACGAAAUACUAAAAUAAGAGAUCUAGCAACAACUUAUGACAUCAUGGGAGAAAUAUGUUUCAUGGUAAAUGAAAUAUUUAACUUCCAGAUCUUUAUAUCCCUUGUGACUACAUUUACGUUUAUAGUCAUUACUAUUUGGACAUCCCUGAACGUGUACCGUAAACCAGAUUAUCAGUCCAGUCAGCUGAUAAACGUGUUGAUUUGGUGUAUGAAUAUGAUAUGUAAUGUCGCAGCCAUGUCAUUUGCUUGUGAACGACUUCUUGUACUACGUAAUGAGACAAGAAUACUUGUGAACAAGAUAAUAAUGAAUUACAACCUGCCAAAGACGAUGAGAGUGCAAGCUAAAGCGUUCAUGGAACUCGUGGAGGCAUGGCCAUUACGUAUCUAUGUAUACGAUAUGUUCUCCAUAGAUAUCACACUCAUGUUGAAGUUUAUAAGUGUGGCGACCACCUAUUUAAUUGUACUUAUACAAAUAUCUCACUUUAUCUGA